AUGAAUAAAUCACUUUACGCUGCUUUAACUUUAAUUUUGAUCUUGGCAAAACUCCAUGCCAAUGGUGCUUUCAAUCCUGAUCGAACUGAUUAUAAUGCCUACGGUGUUAAAAUAGCAAUGAAUGAAGACUUCCUUGUUCUAGCUCAAAAUAAAAAUGAUCCUCCUACUUUUCUCAUACAGUUUGCUCCUUAUAACGACACGCAAACACCACUUCAGUGUACUACUUCUCACGUAAAUCUGACAAACAGUUUCAUAUACACAGUUGUUGCUGGCAAAAGUCAACCUAAAAAUCACACUCAGUUCUAUUUCGCCGGUGAAUUUACAAAUAAUCACAGUGCAAUCAUUGUUGGUACGGUAAUAUAUACUCGAACGAAUGCCACCAAAUCUUCUAAUGGAAACUCGUCGUUGAGAUGUAGUACAAGUUUUGCAUACCAUUAUCAACUGAUUAGUAAUUAUGGACAUCAAGAAUAUCUUAUACUUGGUGUCGAACCAUCUGGACGAUAUGUUUAUGGAUUCUCGAAUGAGUUUAUAUUUCUAUUUGAUUCACGAAAUACGUCGAGAAUCGAUAUUUGGAAUGCAAGUAUAACAUGGCCAGAUACUUCGUUCAUCCCUCAUGCUGUCGAUAUUCAUCAGAGUUUCGGUGUGAUUUCGGGAUUUAUCAACGAAGGUCGAAAUUCAACCGUUAAAUAUAGUCCAAUGAUAUAUCUAAUUAAUUAUAAUCAGUCGAAUAAUUGUCCAAUCGUAGUCAAUCAAUAUAAACCAGUAGCAACACCAGGCACAUGGCAAGAUCUAUUAACGAAUGCUGAUGCAAAUUAUUAUUCUGCCAAAUAUGAUAUGUCUGUGAGCAUUAAUGACUAUGGAGAUGUUUUGGUUGGUAUGCAGUUUAUCAACCGUGUAUUUUUAUUCUCAGUAAAUCUCACUAAGUCGACGAAAUUGAAUUUUGUCAGUCGACAUACAAAUGGACGAACAUUGGGCAAUGGAAAGAGUAUUGCUUGGUUACAAAAUGGUAUUGCUGCAUUAAUAGUCAAUAUUUAUACAUUAGAUUAUGUCUGGACAACAUCGCAAGUUCAUAUAUAUGAUAUUCAAUCAAGUGGUUACAAUUCAAAUAGUACUCCGCUUUCAGUAUUCCCAAAUAACCAUCAAAAAUUACCGUCAACUAUCGAUCCAGUGUUUCUAAAUAUUGUCUCAUCGCCAUCGUCCUUGGCUUUGCUUGAUAAUCGAGGGCGUAUUAUCAUAUUUCUUCCAACGUUACCAGGCUUCUAUUUAACGAUACAAGACACGGGUACCAUGCCAUUAGUGACUACGGCACAGCCAUGUUUACCUGGAACAUAUAAAAAUCAAUCCGGUAUCCACGAUUGUACUCUCUGUCCAGCUGGUACGAGAAACCCAGGAAAUGUUUCAACAUUCUGUAUCCCAUGUUCACCGAAUACCUUUUGCCCACUUGCAUCCGCCAAUGAAGUAUCACAAACAGCGCUACAGACUGUGAAUCAAGCAAUUCCGUACCCUAAAUCACCGGAAAGUGUCAUUUUCGAUGAAAUUCUCAUUCAAAAUAUGUUCAGUAUCGGAUCUGGUCGUUGCCUACAAAUUUCACCUCUCUUCUGGACAUUAGUUGUCGCCGGCCUCGCAGUUCUGGUCAUUCUUAUAAUGGGUAUUUUGAAAUUUUUCACUAAAGAUCCUCGCGGAGAACGAGUUCGUUCAUUACUGAAAUGUAUUUUUCGGCACACAGAUCUGAUUGGUGAAGGCGAACUAUGGGUCGGUGGCUUAGCUUCAUUUUCUGUUAUUGUUCUAGUCAUAUUUGCUUGCAUCUUUAGUCAAAAUUAUGUCAAACAAUAUCCUAUCGAAACCUCAUCUGAUUCUCACUUUGCUUGUGACUUAUCCAUCCGAAAUGCAAAAUUCGAAACGAGUGUUCAAUCAUUAGCCAUUCCAUUGACUGAUGCUGAUCAGAAAAUGUUCGAUCUACUGAAUAAUCAAGAAUUUAUUCUCAAAGUUGAUUUUGUCAAUACAAUAAUCAAAUGUGACGCGGUUUCUAUCGAGGUCCUUUUUGGGAUCACCUGGUCGACAAUUCGAUGGUUAAAUUGUGAUAAUAUAAACUAUACUUUAACUUUAUCGAUACCACUUCCUUACCAACAUAUUUCUGUGCAGAUCUACAUCGCCGAUGUUCGAACGAUAGGAGCGAUACGAGUCGGUCUUUUCGGGCAAGAGCAAUCAAGCGAGAAUUAUGCAUUAAAACAACUGAAAUUCUAUCAGCCGUUUCAUAAAAAUGGAAAUAUUCUUGCGAGGAACCUACCGAUCGCGCUUGCGUUAACUAAAGUGAUCAAUGAAACCUUAGCGAUUGACGGAGGAGAUCCGAUUUUCAGUGGGAUUUACAUUCCAACAUUUACAGUUGAUUACAACAGUUUGUUUUUUACCGAGGAUCAAUUCAUCCGUUCAACAUUGACUUUAACAACAUUAACAUUAGUGAUUACCGAAACACCAUAUUACGUGAAAAAUUUACAACAACCAAUUGCCAAACCAUCGGAAAUUGUCUUUCAAAACUUAUUAUUCAUUACUGUAUGUUUAGAAUUAUUUGGUCUUAUCUUUCUCUCGUACAAGCUACUUUUUAAACCAUUCUAUUUGAAUGUUCUGAAGAAAUAUCGAGAUGGAAGACAACAUGAAAGUGUUGAAAAACAAAACUUAAAUGAACAUAUUAUAUCCUUUGACGAAAUACAAUCUAUAAGCUUUUAG